UUGCGAUUGGUGACAAACUUUACACCAGAGAAAAUGCUGGCGAAUGUGCAAUUUCUUCAGACUACUAGGAAUGCCCUUUCAUUAUGCAGAAGUGCCCUUCUCAACUUGACAACUGGAGUAAAACAUGCAUCUAUUGUUGAUUUUCAAAGUCGUCACAUACAAUCUUUAUCUUCAAGUUUCUGGGGAUGUCAAAGAAGGAACAACUGCUGUAAUGUCGGGCAGAACAAUUUACUGGCUGAACCAUGCUCUACUUCUGUAAACCAGGUGCGAUUUCUAAAACAACCACAAAACCCAAGGAAGAAACUAAGAUAUCCAUACUACAAAUAUAGAUUCAGUGGCUGGAAAAGAAUUCACAAGUUUGGACUUGAAGCAAGGCUGUCCAGUAUUUCUCAGAAAGAAAUUCUAUGGAAAAGAAUCAUCAAAGGAAGAUCAACUCUCACAGUCUGUGAUCGACUGUUUGAUCACAGUAACUGGACAGUCCCAAACAGACUAAAGGGCAACUUAAUGAAAGUAGGAAAGAAAAAUAACUAUCCACUGUAUUCUUAUAAACCUCCUGUAUACAAAUUUAGAGAUUAAAUGGAAUAUAAUGGUCA